AUGUCGCCGCAGCCCACGCAACGCAUUAUCUCUGACAGACCCAUCAAUGCCCCACGACCCUUGAAGGUCAUUUAUAUUGGGGCAGGGGUAUCGGGGAUCAUCGCCGCCAUCCAGUUCCGGAAGCUUGUGCCCUCGAUAGAUUUGGCCAUUUACGAAAAGAACCCCGAGAUUGGCGGUACAUGGUAUGAGAAUGUAUACCCCGGCGUGGCAUGUGAUAUUCCCUCUCAUUCCUACCAGCUGAGCUUUGAAUCAUGGACUGAAUGGGGCCAGUUCUAUGCUACUGGUCCAGAGAUAUGGGAGUACUGGAAUCGGGUUGCCAACAAAUACAACGUUAAGAAGGAUGUCCGCUUCAACCACAAGUGCAUCGAAGCAUCGUGGGACGAAAGAAGGUCCAAAUGGACUGUGAAGAUUGAGCGAUUGGAUACGAACCCUCCCACUCUCAUACAUGAUGAAGCCGAUGUAUUCAUUACGGGUACAGGGCUAUUGAACGAAUGGAAGUGGCCUGCGAUUGACGGCCUCCACUCUUUCAAAGGGGAGCUACUCCAUACCGCAAACUGGAACCAGAAAUGGGACGCAACGGACAAAACAGUUGCAGUUAUUGGAGCGGGGAGCAGUGGUAUCCAGGUUGUUCCAGCAUUGGUCUCCAAAGUGAAGGCAAUGGAUCACUACGUUCGUGGGAAAACCUGGAUCUCCAAUCAACAGAGUGAGGGCGCGCUCAAGCAGAGAACAGCCGAUAAUAAGUCGACCAACUUCGAUUACGACAUAAAGGAGAAGGAAGCCUGGAAGGGAGAUGCUGCAUCUUACAUCGCAUAUCGCAAGACGCUGGAGCUUGAUCUGCAGAGCAUGGUCAAGAUCACGCAUCUGAACACCCCGCAGCACGCUAAUGCGAGGGUCUCGUAUGAAAAGUACAUGAAAGAACGACUCGUUGCCAAGCCCGAACUAAUGGAUCAACUUAUCCCGAGUUUUCCGCCCCUUUGCAAGCGGUUGACCCCUGGUCCGGGGUAUCUGGAAGCUCUCACGGAGCCUCACGUCAACGUCAUAUCUGAGGCGGUAGUUCGCAUCGAUUCCGAUGCCGUUAUUACGGCAGACGGAGUCAGAAGGCCGGUUGAUGCCAUUAUUUGUGCUACCGGAUUUGAGACGAAUCCAGGCAAGGGUUUUCCAAUCUAUGGUCGAGAUGGAAUCAAUUUGCGAGACAAGUACAAGACUCGGCCUCGAACGUACUUGAGUCUCUGCACCGAUAACUUUCCAAACUUCUUCCAAUCCCUGGGUCCAAACGGCUUCCAGGGCGCUGGCAGUCUUCUCAUCACCAUAGAACACGCCCAUCUUUAUAUGGCCAAGAUUCUCCAUCGUCUCGCACAUGGGAAUAUCUUGACCAUUGAGCCCAAACGCAAACAGGUUGACAACUUCACCAAUUUCUGUGACGAGUACUUCAAGCAAACCGUCUACGUCACCGAUUGUGUCAGUUGGUACAAAUCAUCACCUGCCGGCACCACAAACAACGAGCGAAAAGCGGCUAGGGUGAGUGCGCUCUGGCCAGGAAGUAGCGUUCAUGCACUUCAUGCGUUUAGUUCAGUCCGAUGGGAGGAUUUCGACAUGGAGGCCUCUGAUGGCAACGACUUUGGUUGGUUUGGCAAUGGGCUGACUGUGGCUGAUGGGGAUCCUAGUAACAGCAAGGAGGAAUUGACUUGGUACUUGAACGGGACGAAUUUCCUUGACGAGCCGUUGAGUUAG